AAGGAAAAAAAAAAACAGAUUAAACUACUUAAUUCUUUUGUUUCAUACGAGCGACGACCCAUGGUCCCUAGUACAGUGUUCAAAGUGUUGAAAUCUCCAAAAAUCGGGAUUCUAAAAUUAGCGUCACUGCGAGCUUCAUUUGUUUCCAGAACCGAAAUAACAAUGGACCUGCGUGAAUCGAUCAGCAACCAAACCGAUGUUGCCCUCAGCAUGACAAAGCUGUUGUUGUCGAAGGAAGCUCGGGACAAGAACUUCGUGUAUUCGCCGCUGUCGUUGCACGUUGUUCUCAGCAUCAUCGCUGCUGGCUCCAAGGGUCCCACACUCGAUCAGCUUCUCUCUUUCCUCCGAUCCAAGUCCACCNACCAUCUCAACUCCUUCGCCUCUCAGCUCGUCACCGUCGUACUCUCCGAUGCCUAUCCCGCCGGAGGGCCUCGACUCUCCUUCGCCGACGGCGUCUGGGUUGAGCAAACCCUUUCUCUUCUUCCUUCCUUCAAACAGCUUGUCAACACUGAUUACAAGGCAACUUUGGCUUCGGUUGAUUUCCAGACCAAGGCUGUUGAAGUGGCCAAUGAAGUUAAUUCUUGGGCCGAAAAGGAGACAAAUGGCCUUGUAAAAGAACUUCUUCCUGCUGGAUCUGUUNACAGUACAACCAGACUCAUCUUUGCAAACGCACUGUACUUCAAAGGAGCGUGGAAUGAGAAGUUUCAUGCUUCAAUUACAAAAAACCAUGAUUUCCACCUUCUUGAUGGCAAUUCAGUCAAGGUUCCCUUCAUGACUAGCAAGAAGAAGCAGUUCAUAAGGCCUUUUNAGGGUUUUAAAGUCCUUGGUCUUCCCUACAAGCAAGGUGAAGAUAAACGCCAAUUCACCAUGUACUUUUUCCUUCCAGAUGCAAAAGAUGGGCUNCCAGCUUUGGUUGAGAAGUUGGCUUCGGAACCUGGGUUCUUGGAACGCAAGUUUCCUAAUUACCAAUUGGAUGUAGGGGAUUUCAGGAUCCCAAGAUUCAAAAUUUCUUUUGGGUUUGAAGCCUCUGAUGUGCUGAAGGAACUUGGAGUGGUUUUACCUUUCACUGUUGGAGGUUUGACANAAAUGGUGGAGUCUCCUGUGGGUCAAAACCUGUGUGUUUCUGAUAUAUUUCACAAGUCUUUUAUUGAAGUAAACGAAGAGGGUACUGAAGCUGCAGCGGCUACUGGAAUACUGGUGGGGUGUAGUCGGUCUCCGUCUAAAACUCCGUCUAAAAUAGACUUCGUAGCUGACCACCCUUUCUUGUUCCUCAUCAGAGAAGAUUUAACUGGAACAGUACUCUUUAUUGGCCAGGUGCUCGAUCCUCGUGUUGGAGGUCACCACCCCAGAACAGAAUUGAGUAAAAACAAAUCUAGAAGUGACUCAAAUGGCCUAUUGGUUGAGUCUGAAUCUGGAAGGCCUAUUAGGAUUGCUACAUUCAAUGUUGCCAUGUUUUCACUUGCUCCUGCUGUUUCAGAAUUUGAUGAAUGGGUUGUCUCCAAUCAUGAGCAUGGAUCUAAGAAGAAGAAUCUCACAAAGGGUGAGUUCCCCAAGAGUAUACUGAAGCAAUCUCCAUUGCAUGCCUCUCUGAACAAAGCUCAGAGUCUUUCUGACUCCAACAUUCUGCCACGUUCAAAUUUGAAGGUUUCUAUUAAUCUUCCUGAGAAUGAGAUUUCAUUGGCAAAUAGUAAAGAGGGCACAUCAGAUAGAAUUAUGGGAAAUGUGUCUGGCAGGCAUCAGGUCCCUGCAAGGUCUCCUGUGUGCUUUCCUUUCAUUAUGAACUACUGUGAGGGCAGUGAGAGAUUCGCAAGCAGCAGAAGCAUCCUUGAAGUUCUGAGGGAGAUUGAUGCUGAUGUGAUGGCCCUGCAGGAUGUGAAAGCAGAAGAAGAGAAGAACAUGAAGCCUCUUUCUGAUUUAGCAGCUGCCUUGGGGAUGAAAUAUGUGUUUGCUGAGAGUUGGGCUCCAGAAUAUGGAAAUGCCAUCUUAUCCAAAUGGCCAAUUAAGAAGUGGAAAGUUCAAAAGAUUGCUGAUGAUAAUGAUUUCAGGAAUGUUUUGAAGGCUACAAUUGAUGUGCCUUGGGCUGGAGAAAUAAAUUUGUAUUCUACUCAGCUUGACCACUUAGAUGAGAAUUGGAGAAUGAAACAAGUGCAGGAAAUAUUUCGCUCCAAUGACCCUCCCCAUAUCUUAGCAGGAGGUCUCAAUUCGCUAUAUAGAGCAGAUUACUCAUCCGAGAGAUGGACAGAUAUUUUUAAUUACUAUGAGAAACUCGGAAAGCCUAGGCCAAGGUCAGAAGUCAUGAACUUCAUGAAAUCCAAAGGCUAUAUCGAUGCAAAGGAUUAUGCAGGAGAAUGUGAGCCCAUUGUUAUCAUUGCUAAAGGCCAAAAUGUGCAGGGGACAUGCAAGUAUGGCACAAGAGUGGAUUACAUUCUGGCUUCCCCAAACUCUCCAUACAAGUACGUGCCAGGGUCCUACUCAGUGAUUUCUUCAAAAGGAACUUCUGAUCACCAUAUAGUGAAAGUGGACAUUGUGAGAGUAAAUGCAUCUGCUCAGAAAAAUGUCAUGAGACAGUGCAGGAAACUAAAGAGUAAGUUAUAUUUUAACGGACAAGAAGUUGGGAUCAUGAUUGUAAAGGAUCAUUUUGUUGGUACUGAGCUUGCAAUGACUAAUGCUAUUGUGGAGGAGGAAAUAGACUUUUCUUGUGAUCCGUACAUAGGGUUGGAAUUUGACACAGCAGAUGAAGCACUAAAGUUCUACACUUCAUAUGCAAAUCGAACAGGAUUUAAAGUUCGGAUUGGUCAGCUGUAUAGAUCAAGAACUGAUGGGUCAGUUUCUUCUCGAAGAUUUGUGUGCUCAAAGGAGGGACGUCAACUCAGUUCAAGAACAGGCUGUCCAGCAUUCAUAAGGGUGCAAAUAAAUGGUUCUGGAAAGUGGGUGAUUGAUCAUUUUCAUAAGGACCAUAAUCACAAUCUUGAAAUCAGUGGUGAAAACUGUACUCCAACAUUGCAACAGAAAGGUGAUACAGUUGUGAACUCUCUUACUGAGUUUACUAGGAGGCCAAGGAAGAAAUUGCUGGAAGAAGCAGAUAAUGAUUCCUCUUGUCCCUUUGGCAUUAUUGAUUUCAAACGUCUGAGAAAGGAAGAACUUGAAGGACAGCCCAAGACUGAACCAUAUGUUGGUCAAGAGUUCAGUUCACCUAAUGAAGCCUACCAAUUUUAUCAUGCAUAUGCAGCGCAUUUGGGUUUUGGAGUUCGAAUUGGUCAAUUGUUUCGUUCCAAGAAUGAUGGAUUGAUUACAUCCCGCCGAUUUGUUUGCUCCAAGGAGGGGUUCCAGCAUCCUUCAAGAGUUGGUUGUGGGGCUUAUUUAAGGAUUAAGAGACAGCCGACAGGAAAGUGGACAGUGGACCGUCUCCGAAAGGAUCAUAACCAUGAUCUGGACUCUGAAAAAGAGGGCAGGGCAAAAGAUAUCCAUUCUUCUAAUAUUCUGAAUGACGAUGCAGAUACUGGAUUUGUGAACGGUGACUUGUUUAGAAUCGAUAACUACACUGUCCCUAGAGGAGGUAGGCAAAAUCACAUUAGAAGUGAGUGGUACAACAUUCUUUUAGAGUAUUUUCAAACAAGACAGACAGAAGAUACUGGAUUCUUUUAUUCUGUGGAAGUUGACAAUGGUAAUUGUAUGAGCAUAUUUUGGGCGGAUGGCAGAUCUAGAUAUUCAUGUAGUCAGUUUGGUGACGUCCUAGCCUUGGACACGUCAUACCGAAAAACUGUCUAUUUGGUGCCUUUUGCUACUUUUGUUGGGGUCAAUCAUCACAAGCAACCUGUGCUUCUUGGAUGUGCUUUAGUUGCCGAUGAAUCUGAAGAAUCUUUCACUUGGUUGUUUCAGACAUGGCUUAGGGCAAUGUCUGGCCGGCAGCCUCUGACAGUUAUUGCUGAUCAAGAUAUUGCAGUCCAGAGGGCAAUAGCAAAAGUCUUUCCUGUAACCUAUCAUCGGUUUUCUUUGUGGCAAAUUAAGGCAAAGGAACAAGAGAACAUGGGUCUGAUGGGUGAUGGCUUUACAAAAGACUAUGAAAAGUGUGUUUACCAGAGUCAGACAGUUGAUGAAUUUGACGCCACAUGGAACGUGCUACUCAACAAAUAUGGAUUGAAGGACAAUGCUUGGCUAAAAGAGAUGUAUGAGAAGCGGGCAUCUUGGGUUCCGUUGUAUUUAAAGGGCACAUUUUUUGCUGGCAUUCCCAUGAAUGAAAGCCUUGAUUCAUUCUUUGGUGCACUUUUAAAUGCCCAGACACCUCUCUUGGAGUUCAUUCCUCGGUACGAAAGGGGUCUUGAGCGACGCCGCGAGGAAGAAAGAAAAGAGGAUUUUAAUACUUCUAAUUUUCAACCCAUUUUGCAAACAAAAGAACCAGUGGAAGAACAAUGCAGGAGGCUUUACACUCUUGCUGUAUUCAAAGUAUUUCAAAAAGAGCUAUUGCAGUGCUUUAGCUAUCUCGGGUUUAAAAUAUUUGAGGAAGGGGGUCUGAGCAGAUAUAUGGUGCGAAGGUGUGGAAAUGAUAUGGAGAAACAUGUAGUUACAUUUAAUGCAUCAAAUCUCAGCAUUAGUUGUAGCUGUCAGAUGUUUGAGCGCGAUGGUGUUCUUUGUAGGCACGUGUUGAGGGUUUUCCAGAUAUUACAAUUAAGAGAAGUUCCUUCUCGCUACAUCUUACACCGGUGGACAAGAAAUGCUGAGGAUGGUGUCUUUCCUGACAUAGAAUCGUGGAGCAGCUCUCAGGAACUUAAAAAUUUGAUGCUAUGGAGUCUAAGAGAAACUGCAUCUAAAUACAUCGAUGCUGGUGCAACAUCCAUUGAAAAGUAUAAACUUGCCUAUGAAAUUUUGCGAGAGGGUGGGAGAAAGCUUUGUUGGCACAGGUGACUGCUUUACUGUGUUCUGUGAGGCUGUGCAUACUUGUACAAUUAUUUUUUGUAGCUUGAACUGUUUUUUUGGUGCCAUUUUAGCUCUCUAAUCAAAUGCCCAUAUCUUUCAUUAGACUUAUAUGUUAAGCAGUGCAAGUCAGGUUACUGGUUCAACCAAUCAUUGACCUAUUCUGUUUUUAAGUAGGGAUAGAAACAGAGAUACCCUGUGCUCGCGAGACCAGUUUUUUAAGUAGGCCUAGAAACAAAGACCCUAUGCCCGCGAAAGAGGAGGUGUCACGUCGGUUUCAUCUUAAUUAAGUUGCACCUGCCAUUUCUAUUUCUAGUUUUCAUUGGAAAAAAAAUAAGAAUGGUUUUCCAAUGAGUUAAGGUGGCAACUGCUUCAAGAGGUAUAAGAAUAAAAAUCUUUUUUGGGGUGGA